UCGUAUUGGUGUUUCAUAAUGAUGACGGUAGUCGUGCCCACAAACAAAAAACACACAGAUCGCGCGCGCAAACGAACAAACGAUUGAAACACAAUAGAAUUCGAAAACAUAAGCACAGAUGACGGCAACAACAACAGCGAACGAAAAAUUCAAAACAAUUAAAACGAAUCAAGAGAGAAGAAAUAAAACGUUGUUUUCGCACGCAGUAUUGGAAUAGAUACGCUGCCGAACAGAUCGCGCUGACUCUUCACAAUUUUCAUUUUCAUUUGACUGUUUGUCGAUAGCGGAAUAGAAAAAUCGUAUGUGCACACUAUCAACAGAACAUUAGAACUUUUAACAUAUUUUUUUUUUCUUCGACCAACCGACCGACAAAUUCGAAAACAACGCAACACCAUUAAUUUGUCACGCUUGAACUGUGGUGCUUGAUUCUGUUGCUCAUUUUUCACUAUACCAUAUUUUGAAACACGUGAUAAGAGGUUAAUUUGCAUUUUGUUAUCCAAAUUGUGCCCAUUUGGAAGUUACUCUGGUGUUUCUUUUUUAGAAAGUGAUGAAUGUUGAGAAACAUAAAAGCGUCAUUGCACAAGAAAACAUAAUCAAACAUUAUUGAUGCUCUCUUAAGUGUUAAAAUGUAUGAUUUUUUUUGGUGUAUGUAAGAGUGUGUGUAGUUCUAUUCGAACAAGAAAUCAAAAAGAAAAAAUUUUUUAGGUGAAAAACAAUAUAGACGAUAUUUGAUGGUGCAAUAUAGACUUCGAACUUAUUGGAAACGUAGUGACUUUUUGUUCGUUUCAAAUACAUUGUGAAUUCUUAGUGAAUAUGCUCAAAUUGAUUUGGAUUGUUUUUGUUUUACUUCAAUGAAAUGGAUUACGCACACGAAAAAGGACAAUGGGUUUGGAUAAAACCAUUGAAAAACUCGGAAUUUGCAUUACCAAUCGGAUGUCAAAUUGUACGAUUUGAUCGAGGGAAAGCAUUAGUUCGUAACGAUGAUGAAGAAGAAAGUUGGAUUAAACCCGAUCAGAUCAUCAAAUCGAUGCACAUCACAUCGGUAUUUGGAGUGGAAGAUAUGAUAUCAUUGGGUGAUAUCAACGAAUGUGCCAUAUUACGAAAUCUAUGGAUUCGAUACAAGGACAAGCAAAUUUAUACAUACAUUGGUACGGUGCUUGUGGCACUGAAUCCAUACGAAAACAUCUAUAUUUAUUCUAGAAAUUUGAUAAAUGCGUACAAACAGAAGAAAAUGAGCGAGUUACCGCCACACAUUUAUGCCAUUUCAAAUUUAGCAUACAAUAAGCUCAUUGAAGACAAUCGAAAUCAAUGUAUUUUGGUGUCGGGCGAAUCUGGAGCAGGGAAGACUGAAAGUAUGAAGUUCAUAUUACAAUAUUUGGCGGCAAUCAGUAAACAAUCACCGAUUCAAGAGCAAAUUCUUGAGGCAAAUCCAAUUCUCGAAGCCUUUGGUAAUGCAAAAACUGUUCGCAAUGAUAACAGUUCGCGAUUCGGAAAGUAUAUUGAUAUUCAUUUUGAUAAGAUUGGUGUAAUGAGAGGUGCUAAAUUCAAUCAUUAUCUAUUGGAAAAAUCGCGCAUUGUAUCGGUUAAUCGUGGCGAACGAAAUUAUCACAUUUUCUAUAUGCUGUUGAAUGGGCUCUCCGCCGAAGAGCGCGACACACUCGAACUUGAUACAAACAAAAAAUUCAAUUAUCUUACGGCUUCGGAUGACUCACCCGUUGACAUCGAUGACACAUUUAUGAAUUUGGAACGCAUUAAAAACGCCAUGAAAGUGUUAUCUAUUAGCGAAUGGGAAAUGUGGCAAAUUUUUCAAUUGUUAGCCGCCCUACUGCACUUAGGUAACCUACAAUACAAAAGGAAAAUAAUUGAAAAUAUCGAUGCAACAGAAAUACAUGAUAAUUUAAAUUCAUCGAGAGUUGCACAUUUUUUGGGAAUUCCACGGAGCAUCCUAUGCGAAUGUUUGACACGACGAACAUUAUAUGUGAACGAUGAACGAGUUGUGUCGAACAUUUCAAAAGAAUAUGCAAUGGAGAUACGAGAUUCUUUUGCAAAAACUAUCUAUGGACGGAUUUUUAAUUGGAUCGUUCUUCGUAUUAAUAAUACAAUCUCAAGAUCCGGACCAAAGAUUAUGCAUAACGUAUCACUUGGAGUAUUGGAUAUUUUUGGCUUUGAGAAUUUUUCGGUCAAUAGUUUCGAGCAAUUGUGCAUUAAUUAUGCAAAUGAAAGCUUGCAACAAUUCUUUGUUCAACAAAUUUUCAAGAUGGAGCAAAGUGAAUACAACAAGGAGAAGAUUAUUUGGAAGAAUAUCGCAUUUGUCGACAAUCAAAGUAUUUUGGAUAUGAUUGGACUGAAAGCAUGCAAUGUAAUGUCUCUCAUAGACGAAGAAUCAAAGUUUCCGAAAGGCACUGAUACAACGCUUUUAAUGAAGUUAAAUACAAAUCAUGGUUCAAAGUCAAUUUUCGUCAGAUCGUUCAGUGAUCAUGCGGUGUCAUUUGGUAUUCGACAUUAUGUCGGCGGUGUUGUAAUGUACUACUCUAAAGGAUUUUUGGAGAAAAACCGUGAUACAUUUGGUGCUGAUCUCAAGGAAUUAGUUGCCCAAUCGAAUAAUGCAUUCUUGUUGAGCCUGUUUGAGAAAAAUAGUGCAUUGGAUUCGGGCAAAAAGACGAUGACAUUGUCACUUCAGUUCAAAAAUUCGUUGGAUGAAUUAAUGAAAACACUAACCGCUUGCAAUCCUUACUUUGUACGAUGCAUAAAACCAAAUGACCAUAAAAAGCCGAAUAUGUUUGAUAACGAAUUGUGUGUUCGUCAACUUCGUUACACAGGCAUGCUUGAAACAGCUCGAAUACGAGCGUUAGGCUAUCCGAUUCGGCAUACAUUCCAAGAAUUCGUUCAGCGCUAUCGUUUACUAAUGCCAUCAAUUGUUCAGUCACACAAAAUAAAAGUAAAUUAUCGUGAUCUAUGUAAGAAAAUGUGUGCCAAUUUGUUGAAAUUCAAUCCACACUCCUAUCAAUUGGGUCAAACGAAAGUAUUCUUAAAAUACGAUCAAGACGUAUUUCUCGAGGCUGAACGUGAAAGAUCCUAUUUAAAAUAUGUGAAAAUUUUGCAGCGAUUCACGCGACGAGUUUUGCUAAAAAUUUGGUUAAAUCGACGACAAAUGGCGGCUAUUGUAAUUCAAAGCAAUUGGCGACGAUAUCAGUCACGACAGAACUUUUUACGAUUGCGUGAUGCUAUGGAACGAUUACAGGCACGCAUUCGAUCCCGCCAAGAAGCGCUUGCAUACGAGAAAUAUACUAAAAACAUCAUUAGAAUCCAGUCAAUGUGUCGUGGAUUUUUGGCUCGCAAAGCAUAUACCAUACGAAAAGUACAAAUUCAAAAGCAAAAAUACGAAAAAGAAAUCCGUCGACGACAAAUGGAAACGUCAAAAGCAGUUAAAAGACAGGCACCACAACCACCGUCACGCGUUGACUCUAACAAUAAAAAGAACAACGAUGUUAGAGAAGCCGGAAAUCAACGGUUGAAAAAUGAUUUUGAUGCGGAAGCCACGCGUAUUAUUGAUGAUGUUUUUGAAUUUUUACAACAUGCAACCGAUGACAAUAUGGUAGAUUUAUCACAAAAACGCACCAGCAACGUUAGCAAAAUGAUUAUGAACUUUGAGGCUGAAAGUUGCAUCAAAAAAUCAAUACCAACCAAACUGCUAUCACGUCCAGUCAAUUUUUACAGCUACGAAAAUUUCGAAUCAAGACUUUAACAUUUUUUGUUGUCAACAUUAUCGGUAUAAAUUUGGGAUAUUCCAUUUUCAUGAAAUUUAAAUUCGAUACCAAUCAAAAGUUUAAAAUUAAUUUUCUUUUUAUUUAAAAUUUUCAUAAUUCUUCGGAAAACCAAGGAAAAAUAUUAAAUUGCGUUUACAAAAAAAAAAGAUAAAAAAAUGGUCAGAAGAUUAUCACGGAAAAUGGGCUAGAUUUGUUUACUCGCGCAGCUUGUAUAUACAUAAAAUGUAAAUAGAUCAUGGAUAACAUUAAGCAUGUCUAGCGAUUAAGAUUUCGAGUGUAUUUACAAACCAAAAAAAUAAUUCUUAUUUACUUACACUUAGUACCAAUUGACACAACAUUUUUUAUAAUAAAAGAAUCAACCGAAAAUAAAAAAUACAAGGAAAAAACACGUAAUUUCUUCUU